CAGGGAUAAUGUUUCAAGAUAUCACCACGCUUCUACUCGACCCCAAGGUUUUCAGAGACACCAUUGAUUUGUUCGUUGAGCGCUACAAAAGCAAGAGCAUUUCUGUAGUUGCUGGUGUUGAUUUUGUGGGAAUUUGGGCUGCAAUGAGGAGAUGGGGUGUGCUGAUUUUGUAAUGUGGAGGUUUAUGUUUUUUUAUUUUUAUUUUUGUUAUUUAUAUAGAAUGACGAAUAUGAACGGUUCAGAGGGUUCUGAAUGUUGGCAUGUGCUUCUUAAAUUCCAUUUGGACAUCAAAGGUUUAAAUUGUGGUGGUGGUGGUUGGUGGUUGGUGAUGGGUUCCCACGAUCCACAUUGUUUAAGUAAGGGGUGAAGUAGGGCCCGUCGUUGUGUGAUGUGUUCAUCUUCUUUCGAUGUAGUAUUUAUUUUUGGCAAGAAUUUUUUUUAGGAAAGGUUGUUUUAUGAGGUCCAGAGCCCACUGGUGUUGGUUUUCACUAUCAUAUGUCAUGAUACUCUUGAAGAGAAGGUCUAGUAUAGCUGAAACCCGGUGCUUGCUUUACUUGGAACAUAUGAUUUUCAAGGAAAGUAAUAUGACUACAGGGAUAGAGGCUCGUGGCUUUAUAUUUGGUCCCCCUAUUGCAUUAGCAAUUGGAGCAAAGUUUGUUCCACUGCGAAAGCCAAAGAAACUUCCAGGUGAAGUUUUCAGACAAGAGUAUGACUUGGAAUAUGGAAGCGAUUGUCUUGAGAUGCAUGUCGGCGCAUUGGCUUCCGGUGAACGUGCCCUGGUAGUUGAUGAUCUAAUUGCUACUGGAGGCACUCUCUGUGCUGCCAUGAAACUAUUAGAAUGUGCUGGAGCUGAAGUAGUUGAGUGUGCUUGCGUCAUUGAGAUACCUGCUCUGAAGAUGCAUCAUCAGCUAGGAGUUCAUCUGAUCCUGUUAUUUUACACCAAUGUCACAGCUAUAGGGGCGUGAGCGAUUAAAUGGGAAGCCGGUAUAUGUUCUUGUCGACUCUCAAUGAUAUUCUCAGACAAUAAUGCAGCAGCAUCUGCACUGUAACAUUGCAACUCCCAUUAUUCCAGUUCUUGUCUGGAAAAUUUUCACAGCCCAUCGUCUUCCUCAUUUGGCGAUCACUUCUCAAUUUUUCAGACUUGUUAAGGUAUACUCGUGUCGAGUUUGCCUCUUCUGUGUAGUUUACGGGCCCACGGUGAGGCUUCUACGAAGCCAUCUUGUAUUGUUUCAAGUCGUGUAUUUCGAUCUUCCAUUUUUCAGUGCUCGUAUUGGCGGUGUGAAUAGUAGAGAUAUGAUGAUUAUUGCAA